UCUAGUCGCAUUAAAUAUUUACUUAUACAAAUUUAUGUUGACAAAGAAGAAACUUUAUGAAGUGGACCACGUAUGUUUACACACCAAUUCCCUAAACAGAAGGCAAAUAUAAACGCUCUUAAUAACACGUAUCGAAGUUUGUGUAUCACAGCUUCUUGUUUCUCAUAAGGGCACCCUUCUCCUAAUCAAUAAUCAUACCCUCACUAUCUCUCUCAUAACAAAAAUAAGUUAAAAUAUGAAUCCAGGACGUCUUCUUUGUUUCAUUGGUUGUGUCUUCCUCGUUGUCUCAUCUGAAGCUUCAAAAAUUCACGUAGAAGGACGACGCUUCUCCUCCCAACCUUUAUCUAGCCAAGCAAGAGGGUUUCUCCCUUCUCAAUCCACCUUGCCCGUCGUCGGCGCCGGAGAAAUAUUACCGGAGAAACGGAAGGUGAAGACGGGAUCAAACCCUUUGCACAACAAGCGAUGAGGAAAAGUCAGAUAAUUAGUUUCUUAAACACUCUAUAUCUCUCUCUCUCUUUGUAUUCUUAACACAGAGAUAUAUAUCACAUAUGUAAAUCUACUACACAUACAUUAAUAUAAUGUAGUAUUUAUUCAAUCUUUUUUUAUUCUCUUCGCAAUACUUAGAUGUUUAUAAGAUGAUAGAGCGUGUAUCAAUCAAUAUUUUUCAUCCAGCUCAAUUAGAAAAAAAUAAUCAAAACGUAAUGGUUAGCUCGUCGGGAUGACCAAAAACGUAAUUAUUCUU